AGUGUUGGACAACGGUACUUUAUUGCUGCGCGCAUCAUUUUGUUGUAAUCGCUGAAACAAAAUGUUUGAAACGUAAAAAAAAGCAAACUGCAACAAAUUUAUAAAAAACGGCCUGCAAAAUGCCUAAAAUUAGCGAUAAUACAAUGCGCGAGCUGGAGGACAUAUUGAACGAGAGCGAAACCUAUGCGGAUCGCUUAGCCGCCUUCCUUAAGCAAAAGACUGCACCAAAGCCGCAGAGCAACACACCUUUUGUCCUUGGGGACCUGGACAUCACAUUUGAUUUUGAUGUGGAUUUGGUCAAAUUGCCGCCAAAAUCGCAACCGGCAGCUGCAAAGGAGACGGCAGCAGCCAAAGAGCAGCCCCUGCGCGAGAUUACCAACCAACCCCCUACGGCAGCUGAGCCGAAAGCGCAACCAGAAGCUUCACUGGUUUUAAACCGCCCAGAAAAUGCGGCACCCCCUACGCCGCCAGCGCCAAAGUCUCCUAUUACCUCGCCACGCAAAUCCACCUCUCGACGCAGCGGCGUUCAUGUGCCAGGCUCGGAUCGAUUGCGUCGCGUGGCCAUACAUCGACGCUCGCGCAGCUGUGGACGUCGCGACUUGCUAAAGGAAUUCAACAAUGCCUCGUCAAACGACUCAGAUUUUCUACCCACCGUGAACAGCACGCCAGCUUCGGAAAAGCAAACCCCAGCCGGGCCGGAACAGCCAACACAAAGAGAAGCAUCAGUGGCUCCAGCAGUAUUACAAAAUGACGAGCACUCUACGAUGCUAGCAUCGCAGCAUUGCACGACGCCCGAUAGAAGCGCUGUCAAAGGACGCACCUACACUGUAGAGGUUGGUCCUGAACCGGGUCAAUUGCUGUUGUCGCCCUCGCGUAGCAGCAGUUCUUAUAAUUUACGCACGCAACGGUCCACUUCGAACUCUAUUUAUAAUACUUCGCUUAGACAGACGGGCGUGCGUAUGGCACGUACGAGAGAGCAGGCAGCAAUGUCAGCAGCUAAAUUGGAGUUAUUAGCGCAGGAUACGCCACCGCGUAUUACGUUACCGCACACUCAGCCUGAACCUGAAUACAUUGUGCCCGAAACGCAGUCUCAGCCGAUGCAGCACAUGCUGCAAAAUAUGUCCAGCAAUGCGAUGGUGGCGCCUUUUGUGGUUAUGCCCAUGGCCACAAUGCUCACGCUCAGCUCGAAGCCAGCUGCAGCGCAUGUGGAUGUAGCCGCUCAAGUGGAAACGCCGGUUGCAACAAUGGCCAGUCGUAGCAUGCAAACCUCCCGCAGUCCGCCUGCCUUGCAGGAUGACAUUAUGACCGAUGACGAGAGCGCCGACGAGCGACAGGCAAGUGGGGCGCCUUUAAAUCUAGCACCCGCCGGUGACAAAACCACCAGGCAACGUAAUUUACGCAAGCGUGAGCAACGUGUAGAGAGCUCUGUGCAGCUGCUCGACUUGCAUCGUUCAUGUACCAGGAACUCACGUCAGCGUGGCAAAAAUAUGCAGCGCCAAACGGUACUUAAUAAACCCUCCCAACCAGCAAUCAAUGGCGAACAGUUUGCCAUCGAGCUGGCGCGCAUGAGCAAUUAUGAGAUUAUGGAUUUACGCAAACGCAACUCCUUGGGCAGGCAGCGUCCAGUGAACGGUCAUCGAGAGCAGCCCACAGAGCAGCAGCUGGUGUUGGACCAGCACAUUGAAUGGGAGAUAUUGCGACGUAAUCUCGCAGAGCCGAACGAGCAAGCUGGGCCCUCGCCACGCACGAACACAACGGCAACAACUGUACCCGCAUCCGAGAAUGAAUCUCUGUCUGCUGCAUCUUCUAUUUCGUCGCCGGCCCCACCGCCUAUGGGCUUUAGGGAUAGCACCAUGCUGGAAUCCCAUCAGGACAGCUCUAGGCAGCAUCAGAGACGCUCGCGCCUUAGGCGCCGUGAAACGCUUAUGCAAACAUUUGAGGCGGCAUCCAUUUCGCCAGCGACGCCACCUGCCGAAUUCAGGAACAGCUCAAUUCAGGUGCUGUAUCAUCAAAAGACGACAAGGCAGCAACAGCCAUUGCGACGUUUGCGCUCCAGGCAUCGAGAACUGUCAACGAGCGAGGAAUAUGAGCUGCAGACGGUCUGCACGCCACCCGCACAGUUUCGCAAAUCCAAGUCCAGGCAGCGGAAACAGCAGCAGCUGCUUGAGCGCGUACUAGCAACACCACCCUUGGCUUUCAAUGAUGUGCCCGUAACAGAUGCAGAGGAAGAGUUGCAGCUGCAGCAGCUACAACUGAUGCCGCCGGCAGAAUUUAAUUCACAAAUUGAUAAGUUGAUAGAGCAAGCUCCCACAACUCAGCCGUCAACGCUGGAGGAGACUAUGACAAGUGAGCAGCCAAGCACCAGCAGAGCCGCGCAAAAAUCUCUGCGGCUGAAUACUUCUAGGCAGGAAAAGCAGCAGAAGGAGAAAGAGAGGCAGCUCAAGCAGAUACAGCACUCGGAGGAGGAAAGCCAGCAGCCAGAAAGGCAGAAGGAAAGAAAGGAGGCGGAGAAGCUGCCACAGGAAAUGGAGCAGUCGAAACAGCAGCAGGAAAAGAAGCAUGCGAAACAACAAAAGGAGGAGCAACAGAAAGAGAAGCUUCUACUGGACCAGCAGAAAAAGGAGAAGCAUCAGCAGGAGCAACAGCAAAAAGAGCAGCAGCAGGAAACUCACCAACAAGAGCAACUGCAGGUGCAACAGGAAACGGCCAUUCAGGAGCAACAACAAGCACAGCAACCGCCGCUAUCAGACGAUGUCUUUAAGAAACCAACAGCGCCAGCGCCACGUGCCAAGCGUAAUCAAAAGAGUAAUCUGGAGCGACAACUAAGUAAUCUGCGCAUUAAUCUAGCCAACGAGACGCUGCCGUCGGAUGGGACUGAAGACGAAGCUGAUGCCAACACAACCGGAGUGCGUCGCUCCAGACGCGGCCAGGUGCAGCUGUGCAACACUUGGGUGCACACCAUAAGCGAUCCCUUUAGGUUUAUGCGCAAAACGUUUGAGUCCCCAUUAAAGACAGCGGCCAGCAAGCCCAAGAAGCAAACAGCUGCAGCUAGCGGCAAUUCUUUGAUGAAAAGACCACCGUUGUCCAGCAGCACGCCGCGAAAUGCAGCAGCUACUCCAAACAGCAGUACGAGUGGCAAGCGCAAGCGAGCGCCACUGCAGCAUCAGAACAGCGAAUCAACCGAUGCGGAUGCCAUUUCAGGCAUAAGCCGUCUUAGUGGCAUAAUCGAACAAGAAGAGGCGGAUGAUGGGCCGGUAGCGCAGCCAGCUGAGCCUAAAAGAAGGGGACGCAAAAAAAGGACGCCAGCCGUGGACAGCGCUAAGCAGUCAAAUGAAACAACUAAAGCCAAGAAAGGUAGCAAGAAGAAGCAAGAUAACGAUACAGUUGCUCAAACGGAAGAACAGGAGAUCACUAUACCGGACUUGAACCAAACGCCUGACUUGCCACCAGUUUCCCCGCUCCACAAUCAGUCGAACGAGCAAUCAUCGGAAACCCUAAUGGCCUGGCUAUGUGGCGACAGGGAUGUGCUGCCAGACACCACUGAAGUUAGCGAAAUCAAGACCGAUUCCAUGACCGUCUCACGUGCAGCCAACUUGCACUUCUCGAAGAUUGACGGCAUUGAGUAUGCCUUCUAUCAUACCGAUGAUCUCUACUCUAUGGGCUACAUGCGCUUCCAGCCGUUGCAACAACGCGGCUUGAAACGCGCCAAGACCAACACAUUGCGUUUUGUGGCGCUUCACGGCCAAUUUGGGUUUGAGAUUAUCAACCCGGACUCGAAGGAGAGCUACCAAGAUAUAUUGUACACGGGAGAUACUAUAGAAAUUAGAAAGGGCAGUCGUUACAACAUUAAAAAUCGCUUGGAUAAAGUUAGCGUCAUAAUGGUCUUUCGCAAUGGCAUAUGAACAGGCAGUCAUGUUUCAACAGACAUGGACUAUAUAAAGUUAUUUUUUGCCCUUAGCUUUUAAUUACACCUAAAUCUUUUGUUUUUGUUUUUCUCAUAAUAUUUUUUGUAAUAUUCGCAAUAGAAUGAAGAACUCACUUCUUAAAUGAUCGAGGUUAAGUGAGUUUUUCACUUCAAUAAAUAUAAUAAAGGAUUUGCUUCAACUUACUAAACAGUACUUUGAAAAUAAUAA